UGCUACUAUUUUUUUAAAAAAUCCUUUUCUUGGCUGGCUAUAAUCCAUGGGUUUAUGGCACAGAGCAGUUCUACUUGCUGCUUUAACCACAGAGAUUAAGCAUGAAAACACCUGAUAUUAAAGUGUGUCAGAGUCUAUCAUGUGUAAAUUAGUGUCACUGAAAACUAAUUAUUUGAUUAUUACUAUUACUAAUUAUUAUUUCCAUUCCUAUAUUGUUAGGAACAAACGGUCUUCCUUUGCGGUAGCCCCUGGACGAGCCUUAUGAACUAUGAAUCUUACCUCCCUGAGGUUGUCAAUUCAUGUCCCAACAGUCCCAAGCAAGAACAGUAAAAACCACGGGCUCUGCUGGGGGCUCUGCAACUUUCCUUUCCUUUAAGAUUCCUUAGGAUGAUAUUCUAAUUCCAGGACAAUCCCAGCUUUGAAAGGGUAAACACUUUCUGAUUAGCAGCAACUGAAACACACACACACACACACACACACACACACGUGCUUCCCUAGCCUUGCCUAGUUCUGAGCAAAGCAAUGGGCACGGAGGGCAGAAGGUGUAUUGAUAGAAAAAGUAUUAUACGAGGAGCAAUAUCAAAGACCAGGUUUCAGCAUCUUGAUGUUCAACCCAUUUUAGCAGCUCCCCGCAGACGGGUGGAGAAAACAGGUGCCUCUCUAUUCUCGUCUGAUCAGCUUGGCAGGGCCCCCUCCGAUGUCCCCCCCCCCCGUUGCAACUGGUCUCAGCAGCCCUGCAGAACGGCAGACCGGGGGGUGUGGGGGUAUAAAGAGCCGCCCUUCCUAGUUAACUCUGUGCCUGCAUGUCUUUGUGUGCUUUUAGAGUUCAACAUCACGCAUCACCACCCGCUGACUUCGACGGAGCGCCUUUUCAUGCCCCCUGAGCUGCUGCCCUUUCAGUUAGGGGGAUGGCCAAGGGAGGAGCAAAGCCCCCCAAGGGGAAGAAGGUCACCUUGAAGGUUGCCAAGACCUGCAUAAAGAUCACCUUUGACGGGAAGCGCCGCCUUGACCUGAGCAAGAUGGGCAUCACGACGUUCCCCAGGUGUAUCCUGAAACUGGAGGACAUCGAUGAGCUGGACCUCAGCAGGAACAUGAUUAAGAAGAUCCCGGAGGCGAUCGAUAAAUUCCAGAACCUGCGCUGGCUGGACCUGCACAGCAACCAGAUCGAUAAGCUGCCAGAAACCAUAGGGAACCUCCAGAACCUCAUUUUCCUGAACCUCUCCAACAACAAGCUCACCGCCCGCAGUUUGCCCAUGGAGCUCAACCAGCUGAAGAACCUGCGGAACCUUAACCUCGGCCUCAACCACAUCGACAACCUCCCAACCACCCUGGGAGCCCUGAAGGAGCUCCAGGAAGUCGGGGUGUUCGAUAAUCUGCUGACGCUGCUCCCAAACAGCAUCGCCAAGCUCCCUAAACUGAAGAAGCUAAACUCCAAGAGGAACCCCUUUCCUGGCCCCACCGAAGAGGAAAUCUUUAUUGAUAACAUCAAACGCCUUGAGACGCUCUAUCUGGUAGAAGAGAAAGACCUUUGCCCACCCUGCCUGAGGAAAUGCCAAGAAGAGAGGGACAAGCUCAACAAGCUGAAGAACACGGUGCCUGCCUCCCUCAGGAAGCCAAACUUCUCCAACCUCAUGACCCCCAACUCCCUGGCAAAGGAGAACCAGGCUGAGUGGAGGUGAGGAGCCCGGCAGGCCCAUCUGCAGCCGAACCACUCGGCAGUGCAGAGUGUGUGGCCUCCCUUCCUUAGGAACCGUCCAACUAAUAAAACAGCUCUGGGUCACAUAGACCUCCGUGACUCUCACAGACACCUGUCAAUCCACCACGC